CCGCUCCAGCUCGUCCAACGCCCGCGCUUGACUCUCAGGAAGCGGCUCGGAGGCUCAUCCGCCGCGGGCAGAUUCCCAUAACCGACACGGACUCCGACAAUCCCGAUGCCACAGUCGUGCGGUGUCUACGCCGUCUGUCGUCUGUGGUAAAAGUGACUCUUCGGCACGGCUUUCUUCUACUGUAGACGAUAAUGCUGGAUGGUUGCGCUCAGGAAAAUCACCAGAGACAUAUGUCGCCUGUUGGGGCUCGCCGGCGGUCCGCCUGCGCAGCAGCAGGAAGGACAGAUGGACUGUGUUGCUGCACUCUCUGACCCAAGUGAUGCUGGGGCUUUGUCACAGGAUGCAUUAAAUGUCGAGGAGGAUCUGAGCGAGGACGAGAAUGUCAGACGCAGAGCAGAGCGACGCAGGACCAAAAGAAAGCGCCGUCGAAAACGUAAGAAGCAGGAGCAUGUGAAGCAAAGCGAGACAGCUGAACAGGAUGAUGACGAUAGAGGCAGCAAGUCUGAAUUGGAUGACAGUGAAUCGGAAGUGGAAGCUAAGACGGAGGGGCACACACAUCUGCAAAAUGAGGACAAAAAGGAUGCAAAACCAGCUGCCUCAUACAAGCUUGCUACCUCCAACACCACCACUCCUUCCAGAGAGCAUCACAAGGCAAGAUCAACUGAAGAGGAGCCAGAGUGGGACAUGAGCAGUGCCUUCUUUGCAAACGCUGCCAGCCACAUCAAGCAUAAAGGAACAUGCUGCAAGUCCAAAGAGAACAAAGAAAACGAGGCCAAAAAGGAGACAAACGUAAUUGACACCACGACGAAGAAAAGUACAUCACUUGCAGAAAAAGGGAUAAAGCUGGUGCAACAAGGGCAGUACUCAAAAGCAGCCUGCUUGUUUACAGAAGCCAUCAAAUGUGACCCAAAUGAUUACAGGUUCUACGGGAAUCGUUCUUAUUGCUAUUACUGCUUAGAGAAGUACCCUCAGGGCCUGGCAGACGCCGAGCGCUCCAUCCACCUGGCUCCAGACUGGCCCAAAGGACACUUCCGCAAGGGCAGUGCUCUUAUGGGCAUGAAGCGGUACUGUGAGGCGGAGAAGGCUAUGGAGCAGGUGCUAAAACUGGACAAAGACUGUGAAGAGGCUGUCAAUGAACUCUAUAAUUGCAAAGUGCUGCAAUUGAUGGAGUUUGGUUUUGAAGAGGUAGAGAGCACAUUGCUGCUGGAGAAAUUCUCAACAGUGCAAGCUGUUUUGACUUGUUGCUUCGACACUGCCGGAGCUGCAAGCCAAGAUCAGUCAGUUACACAACUUGGCCCUUGCCCAUCUCUGUGGGUGGGAAAUGUGACGACGGAGCUGACAGAAAAACACCUCAAGAACCUUUUUAAAAUCUAUGGUGAGAUUGAGAGCAUCCGCGUCCUGCACGAGAGGUUUUGCGCCUUUGUUAAUUUCAAGAAUGUUAACGACGCGGCCCGCGCCAUGGAGAAACUCAACGUGAGUACUCUGCAACUUGCACACUCUUCAUUGCUGCCACAAAACAAAGCCCUUUUACAGUUGAACCUCCCUCAGGGUUAUUUAAUUGAGAACACGCGUUUAGUGGUGCGCUAUCCGGACCGUCGCUCUCAGCGAGUUCUUCCUCUUCCACUCGGUGUCACGCAGCAGGCAGGUGCUGCUGCUGGACCCCGGCGGAGAGGCCCCGUAAAUGGAGACGAGUGUUACUUCUGGAGAACCACAGGUUGCCAUUUCGGGGAGAAGUGUCGCUACAAACACAUUACCGAUCACAAAGGCAAUGACAGGAAGCCGUGGCAGCCUUAAACUGACGUUUGCCUCCCUAGUUGACAGAAAACUGGGACACACCGUCAAUGGAACUGGAUGGUACGCUACUAAGCAGACCAGCGUCGCUCGACCAGUAUAUAAUUUACCCUGGUAAAAACGGAGCACAGAAGUCAAGAUCAGUGCCAGCACUCGGGUUGAAACGCAGGAGAAGUCAAGCAUGUGCCCCAAAAUCCACUGGGAAUGUGAUGACUUUCACUGCAAAACAAAGCAAUAACAGCAUCGCCCCAUGGUGACAUGCUGACUGCUCUGUGCCUUAAGGGACCAAACCUCAAAGACGCACGGACCGAUGUAUUCUAUUGGUUCUGGUCUGUACAACAGUGAACAAAUGAUUGUAUUAGUUUGUACACAACAGAAGAGUAUUAGGCUACGCUGAAAAUAAAGAAAUGGGAGAAUUACAAGAGAAAAAAAGUCAAGUUACAGGAAUAAAGUUUGGAAUGUACGAGAAAAGAAAACAAGAGAUACAGUAUGAGACUAAAGUCAGAACAUUGAGUGAUUGCCGGAAGUGCCACGUAGAUGUAAAAACCACUCUUCUGGUUUUUGUCUCAUAAUAUUCUGGCUUUCGUCUUGUAAAAUGAAAACCUUUUGUAAGUAUCAGGGUAACUUUGUGUGUAAUAUUACGGCUUUAUUCUUAAAAAAUGAAAUUUUUUCUCGUUAUAUUACGAUUUAGAUUUUCCCAAAUGACAACCUUUUUUCACAUGGACAUUUAUUUCUGUAAACUGCAACCUUUUUUUUGAAUUACGACUUUAUUCUCCUACAAUGUUUUUCUCUCCAACUCCAAUUUUAUUGUUGCAACAAUUAUUUUCUUAUAAAAUUGCAACUGUUGUAAAAUGAGACCAUGUCAUAUAAAAUCUUUUUUCUUGUGAUAUUACAACUUCUUUCUAGUAAAAUUACAGCUAUUCUUUUAAAAUGCAGAGCUUUGUUUUUUUUUUUUUUUUUUUACACCGGUGUAAAAUGACAACUAUUCUUAUAUAACCUUAGAUAUAAUUCACCCCCCCCCCCCAAAAAAAAAAUCCUAAUAUGAUUUUAUUCCCCUAAAAUAUAUUUUUUCCCUCAUAAGUAACUACUUACUUUUUGAUAAAAUUACAUGGUUAGUCCCAUAAACUGACAUUUUGCUUGUAACAUUCUGGUAAUUUUUUCAAAUGUCUUUAUUCCUUGCAAUAGUCUGACUUCCUUCUUAUACAGUUCUUUUUUUCCUCAUAGUAUUACACCUUUAUUCUCAGAUGUGAAAUGAGGACAUUGUUCUUGUAGUGUGACCUUUUUUCAUGUAAAAUUUUUUUUUUAUUACCCUUGUAAUUCUGUGACUGUAUACUUGCAGUAUCAUUCUCGUUAUUUCUUUUCAAUGUGGCCUUAAAACUUUGUGGAACAACCAGACUGAAACUUUAGUUGUACUUUUCAUCAUCAGUCUUUCCUUAAAACUGGACUGCAUGCUUUUUGUCGUCAUCAACCGCCCCAUCCUUUUUGUUUUGAUUCUUCUAGCCAGUUAAAAAAAUAAACUGACAAUGAAUUUAAAAAAAAAAUCCAGGCACCCGAUACUAAUUCCUGUAUCCAACGAAAUGGCCACUUUAUUAUACUUUUUUUUUGCAGUGGAAACAAGUCACUGCUGAAUCUAUGCAAGCAAAAUGCUGGCUGACUUUUUCUGAUACAUGUUUUGGCCUUCCCCCAUGUUGCCAUGAUGCACAUAAAGAAAAGCAGUGUUUGUGAUCUCUCAGUAUUUCUUUGAACCAAAGAAUCUGGUGGCUCUGCACGAAAAAAAAGGCCUUUGCACCAACACUAGCACAUUAAAAUUGGUGUCAUCCAACAGCAACAUAACUGAAUAUUCUCGUUUAGGCCUACACUAUGUUCAUAAGUAAUAGUAACAAUAUUUAUUUCCUAUUUAUAGAUGUUGAUCUUUUUUGAGUCCUGCCAUAAGGACAGGUUGAACAAAUGUUUAGUACAAAUGUUUAUUGUUAGACAAGCAUUCUUAUUAAGCACACUUUAAAUGUUAACACUGUUUGUGGCACUUCUGCUUCUCGUCCAUUAUUUUCUGCCUUAUGGUUUUUAAAAAAAAAAAAAAAAAAAAAAAAGAAAUUGGACAACAGACUUGAUGAUUGAUCACAUUUGCUUAAUAUACUAUAUUGUUGCUUUUAUUUGUGUUUUACCCAUUUUCCAAGUGUUAUUUCAGGAAAAGGGAUUUUCAAUUUCGAUGUGCACAUUUAGUGACCUGCGCACUGCAUUGUUAAUCCAUGACAUAUUUUGUAUUAUCGUCACUGCACUGCAAUAGUGUUUUGUAUUUAAUAAAUGUUUUUUCAACUACA